AUGCCUUUGCAAACCCAGAUUUGCAGCAUCGUGGCACAUUCGGACCUGACCAAUCCUGGCCAGGCAUCGCGGGCUUGUGGGGAACCACUGCCGCAGGAUUGUCAACUCAGCGAGUGGAGCGAGUGGUCGAAGUGCACCUUAAGCUGCGGUGGCGGCCAGAAGGAGCGCAGACGUGAGGUUCAACGGGAGCCAGCAAGGGGCGGAAAG